AUGCGUCCAAGGAUCUACCAGAUCACAAGGGUGGAGGACGUGACGCUGCUGCCCUCGAAGGACGACCCCGACCGCAUCAGAGACUUCUGCUUCGUCGCAUUCAAGGAGCGCGCCGCGGCGCUGCGCACGGUGGAGGCGUGCCAGUCUGCGCGGCCGUCGCUGGGCGGCCACGAGCUGAGCGUGUUCAUGGCAAAGCCCCAGGGCCAGCAGCAGCCGGGCCAGCAGCAGCAGCACGGCGGCGGCGGCGGCUACGGCGGCCGGGGAGGCUACGGCGGCGGCGGCGGCAGGGGCGGCUACCAAGGCGGCCGCGGCGGCGGGGGCGGCGGGCGCGGGGGCGACUAUGGCGGCGGCGGCGGCUACGAGGGGGGCGGGUACGGCGGCGGCUACGCGGCGGCUGCCGGCAUGCUGGGUGGCUACGGCGCGGGUAUGCUUGUGAUGCUGCCGACCGGCCAGCUCGGGUACAUGGUCAACCCGGCCGCGGCCGCGCUGGCGAUGGGCGGCGGCCCAGCACGGCGCGGCGGGGACGGCGGCGAUUACGGCGGCGGCGGCGGCGGCGGUUACCAAAGGGGAGGCAGCGGCGGGUACGGUGGUGGUGGCGGCGGGGGCGGCUACGGCGGCGGCGGCGGUGGGGGCGGCCGGAGGUAUGCGCCUUACUGA